AUGAAAGUGAAACGAUACAAACGUGCCCAACGAAUUCUCACAGUUUAUCGUCAUAAUUUUGGUUUCAAUCCGCCGUAUCGCGUUCUGAUGGAUGGUACAUUCGCAAUGGCUGCUCUACAGAAUAAAAUCAAUUUGCGAGAACAGAUGCCGAAAUAUUUGAAUGAGGAAGUCGAAAUAUGUGUCACAAAAUGUGUAUUGAAUGAACUCGAAAAGCUAGGCGAUGCUUUAUAUGGUGCAUUGCACAUAUGUAAGCAGUUCACGAUUGAUCCGUGUCCUCACGAACCGCUACGGAGCGCCUCAGAGUGUAUUCGACAUAUGGCUCGUCGAAUGGAAAGCAAAACUAAAUAUUUGAUUGCCACUCAAGACAAUGCUCUCACGGAUUCACUACGGCAACUUCGUGGAGCACCAAUAUUGUUCAUAAAAUAUAAAGGAAUCCUGAUCGAUAAAGUCAGCGAAGCGACGAUGGAGGCGUUGAAUCGUCCGAAAGAUGAUUUGAAUGCAAUCAAUCAGCUGAAACGUAAAAUAAUCGGUGAUGAUGAAGACGCAUCAGUGAAGAGGAAAAAAAGGAAAAUCAAAGGACCAAACCCAUUAUCGAUGAAAAAAAAGAAGAAACGUCCGGUGGUCAGUGCGAAUGCUAAGGGAAAAAAUGGAACUGUGAAGAAGCGAAGACAUAGGAAAUAUAAGAAAGGUGGUGGUGAUGCGGCUAAUAGUAAUAUUAACAGUAGUAAUAAUGGCAAAGUGCCUAACUGA